AAAUAAUCAAUUACUUCACUGUAAGCAGGCAGCUGGUUUCCUCCGCAAAGGACACCGGGUGAAGCUGCAGCUUCUACCCGCUAUCAGAGCUCCUAUACCGGGUGGAGCUGCAGCUUCUACCCGCUAUCAGAGCUCCUAUACCGGGUGGAGCUGCAGCUUCUCCACGCUCUCAGAGCUCCUAUACCGGGUACAGCUGCAGCUUCUACCCGCUCGGAGAGCCUCCAGCAGGGGUCCGGAUGCUCCCUGUCAGGUGUGUUGAUCCCCGGUGGUCCCCGGUGAUGCAGCCCCGGUGCUGGGCCCGGCUGCGGGCGGGGGGCUCCAUCCCUGAUUGGAGAAUGUCGGUGGGUGUUGCGGUCUCUUCCUGCUCGUCACUGGGCUUCCUCUCCGCCGCUCAGACCCGCCGCUGCUGCGUCACCGCACACUUCCUGACCGAGCCACCGCUUCGUCUGCCGUCCUGAGCGGGGAGCCAACAUGAGGAGCAGAGAUCUGUGGGAGGGAACGUGAGGUUCGACUCCAGGAUGAACAUGACAUAAAACCGAGGACUGGAACCGGCUCCUUGUUUGUCUUUUUGUUUUUUGUUUGUUUUGUUUGUUUUUUUGUCCUCGUUUUUGUCAGACUUAAAGUUUAACACUACUGUGGAGGCGGCUGCUCCUUCGUAUCUCUGAGAGUCCAGAUAGCAGCAGAGGAGUCAAAGGUCUGGAGAAAGCUGCACUUAUCGCCUCUUUGUGGCAUUAAACUGCCUUCUGGCAGCACUGAGCAUGAAAACACUUCAGAAAGCUCAACUUUGUGGGUUAAUUUAACUUAAUUCUCGUAGCCUCCUUGUCCCAGCAAGGUGUGUUUUGAUUUUUUUGUCUCAUUCGCAGUCAGAGGAUGUGUUUUUUUGUUAAUAAGUGUGUAAUUAUUUAAAGUUUUGUAGCUGCUCGCUGCCUUAUAUCGCUCCUCGUCAGGCGGCUUUAAUGUAUUUUUCUACUUAUGCAACCUUUGUGAAGAACUCUUUUGUUUAGACAACUGAUUUUUGAGCAUGUCAAAGCUGACGGAUCAAACUGACCAGUUUCUGAACUUCACUGGAUAAAAAAACUUGAAGAACUGGAAUUUUUUUUCUGUUUUCAAAUGAAGACGAGCGUCCGGCGUGGACGGACGGUUCAGUCGAAGCGCUGCAGACGAGGAGGGGUUUCAGGGAUAAAGUUCUCACUCAGAGCUGCAGCUACGUCCUGAUUUUCCACCACAUUUACAGACAGAGAAUCUGCCUCAGAGCUCACUGCCGUCCGGCAGCAUGCGGUCUCCGUCCUCACCGCCUCCGGCCGAAGCCCUCCUCCACAGCCAGUUUGCCAGCUGGGGCUCCGGCGGCGGCGGCAACAACAACAGCUGCCCCAACAGCCCCGGUGGCCCCGGAGGAAUGUCGCCGGCCGUCUCCCCGACACCGGUGCCGGCCUCCAGCUACGCCCUGACGCUCACCCACACCCACAUCCACGUCCAGCGCCUGGCGCCUCGGCCGGGGAAGGAGGCCCGGCUGCUGCUGCCCCUGGCCGAGCUGGUGGGCUGCAGCUGCCCCCGCUCGCCAGCGCCCCCUCUGCUGGUGCUGUACUGGUACCCGCCAGGGAAGCGACGGAAAGGCGUGUCCCGGCGACGACAGGUGAGGGCCUACCUGGCCGAGAGCCGGCCGGAGGCGGAGAGGUGGUCGGCUGCUGUUCAGUGUUUACUGAGGGGGGUGAGCGUCACCGCCGACACCGAAUUUUCAAGAAGUCUGCUACCUCGUCCCAGGCGACUGCUGUUAUUGGUCAAUCCCUUCAGUGGGCGUGGCCAAGCAAUGCAGUGGUGUCAGACCCACAUCCUGCCAAUGAUCCGAGAGGCCAACAUCAGCUACAACCUGAUCCAGACAGAGCGUCAGAACCACGCCAGAGAGCUCAUCAGAGAGAUUUCUCUGCAGGAGUGGGACGGCAUCAUCAUCAUCUCUGGAGACGGUCUGCUGCAUGAGGUGAUUAACGGACUGAUGGAGCGGCCGGACUGGGAACAAGCAAUAAAAACACCUGUCGGCAUUCUGCCCUGCGGCUCUGGGAAUGCACUGGCUGGAUCCAUCAACCACCACGCAGGGUAUGACAUGUGCCUUCGAGAGCCCCUCCUGUUGAACUGCUGCUUCCUGCUGUGUCGAGGCGGCGUCUGUCCCAUGGACCUGGUCUCCGUCACCACCAGCCCCUCCGCCUCCAACAGCAGUCGGCCUUCAUCCCCCAGGAGGCUGUUCUCCUUCCUGUCGGUCGCCUGGGGCUUCGUGUCCGACGUCGACAUUGAGAGCGAGAGGUACCGAGGUCUGGGCUCAGCUCGCUUCACUUUAGGAACUCUGGUCCGGAUCGCCUCCCUGCGCUCCUACAAAGGCCGGCUCUCCUACCUCCCCCCCUCCAUGGUGGCCUCCUCUCCGGACGCCACGCCCCCCCCCCCCAGGAGGCCGCUGUCCCGCAGCAUCACCGAGGGCCUGGAGGGCUUCUGCAGGACGCCCAUCCACCGGACCUGCUCCGACAUGGGCAUCAGCGAGCAGAGGAGCCUCCGCCGGGGGGAGGGAGAGAGGGAGAAGGAGGAGAGGCAGAGGGAGAGGGAGAGGAGGAGGGAGAGAGCCAGGGGGGGAGGAGGAGGAGGAGCCGGAGUGGUGAGAGCCAGCAGCCUGGCCGAGGACCGGGAGAGAGAGGGGGAGCUGGAGGUGGAGGUGGAGAUGGAGGAGAAGUCCGGGACCAGCUCCGAGUCCAACGAACGGGACGAGAGGCUUGAGAGGAUCCGGCACGAGGAGGAGGACCGGGGGAGGGACGAGGAGGAGGACUGGGGGAGGGACGAGGGGGAGAACCACCGGGGGAGGGAUGGGGUUCUGCAGGCCAGAGAGCUGGGGGAGGAGGACCAGGGGAGGGAUGGACACAUGGGGGAGCGCUACCACCUGGACCUGGGCCGGGAGGCCGACGAGGAGCCGGAGAGCUUCCAGGAGGAGCUGCAGGAGAACCGGCGGAGGAAGAACUCGGCUCCAUCCAGCCAGAUCUCCAACGCCCUGUUCGUCCCGGAGGAUUCUGGACCUCCGUACAGCGUGGAGGACCUGAACGGAACCUUCUACCAGAAGGACUCGUACCCGCUGGACGUGUCCCGGGAGCGCUCCCUCACCAUCUCCUCCCCCUUCAGACACUCCCCCUUCUCCUACAAGCCCAAGACCCUGGACCAGAACCAGAACCAGAACCGGCCCAGACCGCUGUCGCUGCUGCAGCACUCCCACUCCAACUCUCUGCCCCCGAAGCUGCCCUCCCUGUCCCUGUCCCUGUCCCCCACGCCGCCCUCCUCCCCGUCCUGCGCCUCCCCCCACUCCUCGUCCUUCCUGGCCCCCCGUCCCAACACCCCCGGCUCCUCGUCUCCGUCCCCGUUGCUCCGGACUCCAUCCUCCUCCUUCAGCUUUGACCUGGCCGAGCCGGCCGGGCCCCUGAAGGGCCGUCCGUCGGUGCCGCUGCCCCCGGAUCUGCCCCGGGACCACCUGCUGCCCCCCCUGGACCAGCCGCUGCCCACCAGGGACUGGGUCACCAUCGAGGGGGACUUUGUGCUGGUCCUGGCCCUGUACCAGACCCACUUGGGGGCCGACCUGCACGCCGCCCCCCAGGCCCGCUUUGAUGACGGGCUGAUCCACCUGACCUUCGUGCGGGCCGGGAUCUCCAGGGCGACGCUGCUGCGGCUGUUCUUCGCCAUGGAGAGAGGAACCCACCACUCGGUCAGCUCGCCCUACGUCAGCCACGUCUCCUGCCGAGCCUUCAGGCUGCAGCCGCUGUCGGCCCGGGGAACCCUGACCGUGGACGGGGAGCUGGUUCCGUACGGACCGCUGCAGGCCCAGGUCCAUCCCUCCAUGGCUCGGCUGAUUGUCGGAGACUCCGGGGUGAAGAUCGCCAGAUUCUAAUCAGGGAUGGUCCACAUAUCUGCUGUGAUCUCUGUCUCCAUCCAGACUCUCAGAUGUUUUUCUGAGGAUUAGUUGAAGGGAUGAAGCACCGAUCCACGCCUGCAGGGAUUAAAGAAUGUUGCACAGAGAGCCUCGGAUGACCAAGAGGGAAGAACAAUCGAAUGUUUCUGGCUGUUUUUGUUGUUUUUUCCGUGCAGAUAGUGCAUGUGUGGGAUGUAUACGUCGUAGCACGCAUGCAGAGAAAGCACUACCUGGUUUUUGCCUUACAGUGAGAUUAAACCCAGAGUUUAGAUUUUAACCUCCGUCCAGACGUUGCUCCCUGAGAGGAACGCCUUUUCUGACGCCAGACAGAGCAGCCGAACCUUUACCCUUUCCUUUCCUAACCUCCUAUCAGGCAGGAGAACGUCUCUGAGCAUGCUAGUCGGCCUAAAGUUAGCGAUGCUUUUCAGGUCGAAGCUUUUCAGUUUGUUUGAGCCGUUGAGCGGCGUCUCUGCAGUGGAUGUCAGUGAUAUCAGCUUCUUGCAGCCUGUUGAACAUAAAAUAAAAACGUCUGAACAAAAACGAGCUUUCAAGAAUCACAGCCUUAAGCGGCGUGUUCACGAGAUGAGUUUCUCCCACGUCUGAAAAUCUUCCACAUGUUGAUCGGUCACUAGAGGUCACUAGAGGUCACGUGACCAAACACAGAGGCUCGGCCGCAAACUUUCUCUUUUAUUUCCAAAACACUUCAGCGAAAAGUAUUUCUGAAAGCAUUUGAGGCGAGAAAUAAGAGUCGUUUAGGACAAUUUUCAAUCAUUUUGUGGACGGUUCAGAGCAUGUUGAACUGUUUUUACCUCUUUUAUUACACGUUUUAAGUUACUUUAGGGGACUUUGACUCAUUCUGGGCAGUUUUUAAUUCAUUUUAGACUCGUUUUAAGACAUUUUGGACAACCUCCCUGUCACUUUGCGCAAUUCUGAGUCCUUUAGGACAAUUUUUAAGUUGCUUUCAAAGCAUUUUUAACUCUCUUAAAUCCAUUUUUUACAUAUUAUGUUACUUUAGGCGAUUUUGAGUCAUUUUCAACAAUUUUUGAGUCAUUUUGGACAGGAUUCCAGUCAUUUUGGGUGAUUUUGAGUCCUUCAGGAAUUUUUAAGUCAUUUGGGGGCAAGUUUCAAAUUUUACCUCAUUUAAGAUAUGUUUUAAGUUACUUUAGGUGAUUUGGAGGCAUUUUGGACUGGAUUCCAGUCAUUCUGGUCAAUUUUGAAUCAUUUUUGGCAGUUUGUGCAAAAUGACUCAAAAAUUGCCAAAAGUAAAAUGAAAUGUGUCAUAAAUGAGACAAAAACUGCUACUUUAAAAUGCUUUGAAGACAACUUAAAAUUUGCUCUAAAAGACUCAAAAUUGGGCAAAAUGACUCGAAGCUCGUCCAAAAUGUCUUUAAAGGUGUCUCAAAUUAAUUAAAAACUGGCAAAAAUGAUUAAAAAUUGCCCAAAAUCACUCAAAAAUUGCCCCAAAAUGACUCCAAAUCACCUAAAGUAUCUUAAAAUCUGCCAUGAAUAAGUUAACAACAGUUUAAAUGCUUUGAAAAUUGUCCUAAAGGACUCAAAAUUGUCCGGAAUGACUGGAAUCCUGUCCAGAAUGAGUCCAAAAUUGUUGAAAAGGACUCAAGGUUGCUUAAAGUAACUUAAAACAUGUCAUAAAUGAGUUGAAAAGGACUUAAAAUUGGGCAAAAUGACUCAAAUCUUGUCCAAAAUGUUUUUAAAACGUGUCAAAAGUUAAUUAAAUGCUGCAAAAAGUGAAAUCUCAGAAAUCUCAAAAAUCCACUAAAGUAACUUAAAACGUGUCAUAAAUGAGGUAAAAACAGUUUAACAUGCUCUGAAACUUCCACAAAAUGACUUAAAACUGUCCUAAAUCACUCUUAUUUCUCGCCCUAAAUGCUUUCAGAAAUACUUCUCGCUGAAGUGUUUUCAAAAUAAAAGAGAAAGUUUGCGGCCGAGCCUCUGUGUUUUCAAACUGAAAGCGUGGUCACGUGACCUCUAGCGACCAAUAAGCAUGCCGGGAUUUUCAGAUGCGGGAAAACGCAUCCAGUGGACGCGAACCUUCAGCCCUCGGCAACGUUUUAGAAUCUUUCCAAGCCGAGGAAUUUAUUGUGCACAGAAACACGACACUAGCAGUAGCUUUAAGACGCUAUCAGUAACACAGUCGGAGACACUAGUAGAUGUAGAAUAACAGACGGAGCUCAUUAUUCUGGAGGUAGGACUGUUUACAGAAACACUGAUUAGAGGAGACGAAUAAAAAAAUACUAAAUCUGAGAAUGAAAUGUGUUCUAAUGAUAGAAACCUGCUGAUGUUCUGGGAUGGAUUGAAAUCUUUAGCAUGUGCAAUGUUUGAAUCAGAAGUUGUGCCAACGUUCCUCAUCGACUUACUGUAACGUCUCGGACAAAUCAAUGCCUUUGUAUGAUCAAAAAAUAAAGAAGUGAAGAAAUAAAAGCCCGGAAGUUCCGGCUUGUUGAUCAUGAACUGUUCAAGCUGCAGAAAAUGGAGUUUUUUGGUUGUUUAUUUUGUUUGUUUAUUUGUUUGCUUGUCUCCCACCAUCACACUGUGCUUCCAACACGUUUAUCACCAAAUAGAAGAAGCUUCACGUCACACUUUUAGUUUUUCUGCCAAAAGGUUUGGUCUCCAUGUUGAAGAGAUGAGCUGGGACCCAACCCAUAAUUAUGACUAAGAACCAUGAAGAUAUCUACACAGACAGUGUACAGUUAAUAGUUCGAUAUGGUUUUCAAUAAAUGGAACUUCAUACGUUUGUCUGGAGCAAAUUCA